GGUUAGGGCGGGGCAGACCGCUCUCCCCUGGCCAGCGAGGGCCACACACCCACCCCCCACCCCGGACCCACUGCCCCUGCCUAAGAUCCUGAAGGCCAGGGUGGGGCGUGUCGGGCACUGAGGUCUGAGGGGGCAGAGCCAGCCUGGGACUGUGUGGGGACACGCCGGGGUCCAGCACGGGAAGGGUCUCAGGUUGAUGAGGAGGCCCUGGGGUGAGCCCCAGUCCCGCUGCCAGAGCCAGGGCCCUCGCGGCCAGGGGCAGCAGUGAACCCACGGGGCUGGGGGCCGCCCGUCUGCUCGUCACUAACGUGGCCUUUACGUUGUAAAGUGUGCAAACUUACACCUGUGUCAGCCACGUGUCCCACGUUUCUAACCCUGCGAGCGGGCCAUGGUGUGGCCGAAAUGGGGAUGGGUGCCCGAAAUGCCCUGGUCCUUACGUGGACCUGCCCCUGGAAGGUCAGCUACCCCAGGGCAGCGGGCCCGAGUUGGCGGAGAGACGGGGUGACUGCCAGUCGUCGGCAGGACCCCAGCAGUUGUGGUUCACACCAGCAAGUACCCUUUGCUAUGACCGUCGUGUAGGAAGCCUAAGUGACGCUCUUAGGAGGCGAAACACAGUAGGCGGGAAAUGCGGUUUGCUUGUUCAAGCCCUAGGAGCGAUUUUAAGAGGUCAUUGUAUAAAAAUAUUUGUUCUUCUCUCAGCUUAAAAAUCCAAAGCUGUGUUAUCUCUGGAGGAGGAGGGGAAGGGGGAGCCGGCGGUCACAGCACAGGGGCCGCUGCAUUUCCACUACCUCCGACCGAUAAAAGUCCGAGCACAGGGCUUCCCUGCUGGCGCAGUGAGAGUCCGCCUGCCGAUGCAGGGGACACGGGUUCGUGCCCCGGUCCGGGAAGAUCCCACAUGCCGCGGAGCGGCUGGGCCCGUGAGCCAUGGCCGCUGAGCCUGCGCGUCCGGAGCCUGUGCUCCGCAACAGGAGGGGCCACAGCAGUGAGAGGCCCGCGUACCGAAAAAAAAAAAAAAAAAAAAAGUCCGAUUACAGCCACUCCUUCUCAGGCUCUCAGGAGGGCCGAGCUCCCCAGAGAGGAAACCAACCUAUAACCUGCUCAGGAAAUACUGCAAGUAGCCACAGUGUGUCCCCAGUAGUGCCGGCCACGGACCUUCCCACCCAGCACCGAUGGGUUUGCGAGGCAGGAUGGAGGGCAGGGACGCACCGAGCGCUGCACUGCCAGCCGCCGUGCACACACCCGCCCCAGGCGCCAGGCCCGGUGGGGCUCCCGGACAGCAUGGAGGGGAUGCGCCGCCCGGAGCCGGAGCCACGCGGAACACAGCUCGCUGUCUACAGGGUAAAAUGAGACGAGGUGCGGCCUCCCGAGUGAGGGCGGGGCACCCGCCAGGCCUGGGCGCCCACACUUGGAAGCAAGAGCCAGGAGGCUGGUGCCGCCGGGCCCGCAAGCGCCAAGGUGACGUGGACGCAGGAGGCGGGGCCGAGCGCCUGUGGGACACGCCCCCCAGCCGGGCGGGAGAGGAGUCCGCGCACGGAGGGCCCGCGCGAACCCGCGGACCCACGGCUGAGCUCGCGCCCGGGCCCUGAGCCUUUGCCUGGGACGCCAGACCGCAGCCGCCGGCCUCGCUGCCGCAGAGCCUCCGGGCCAGGCGCCCCAACGACGCCCCCACUGCAGGGGUGCGUCCAGGGCAAGGAGGGGGCUGUUCCCCGGAGGGGCUCCAGGCAUCGGCGAACUGGGCCUGCUGAAAUCCGCAAGGCGGAGGAGGGGGCGAGGGGCGCCCUGGCCGCGAGGUGGCGUCAGGCCGGUCGUGCAGCGGGUUCCCGCCCGUGUCGGCCCCGCCCCGGCCCGCGCCUGUCCCGCCCUCCGCUCCCACCGGCGCGAACCCCGACUUCCGGGGGCGGCUCGCGGUCCAGACAGUGACCUGUGAGUGUUUGGCGAUCACUUAGAGGCCAGCUGAAGAAAGGCAGCAAAGGAAAUAGUCUCUUCGCGUGCGGGGGCAGCUUCUGCCCGGCCUGCUACUCCUCCCGGAGCCACGCACGAGCCCAGCCUGGAGCCUUACGGGCUGAGCCCUGCAGGUGCGCCCAGAACCCCGAAGAAAGCAGGGCGUUUCUUAGAAAGCGGACAAAGGGGGAACCCGCGAACACACUGAUAUUUUUACUUUAUGAUAACGAGGCACUGGGGGCAGGUGUGUGUUUCUCAUUCCACAGCUGCUUUGGAGCAAAGAAAAACCAGGCUCUCUUUUUACUGAUUCUUUCCUUCCUGCCAAAUACACGUUACAGGAAGCAGCAGGUUUGAAGAUCUAUCUGGAGCGGCCCUGUGUCUUCUAAAAACGGACACACUUGCACACAUACACAGACAUGCACAAGCACACACGUGUGCACACACGUAGGGGCUGCUGAAGAUUUUCCGGAAGAAGCCCACCGUAGAUCCCUGCCAGAAAACCACUGAGCCGAACCAUCCGGGCCCUUCCAUCUGAGGUCGACGCAGCGCCCUUCCCGCUGAGAGCUGCCAAGUUCUGAAGUAGUCUCUGAAGACCCAAGGUAGCCUCAGCCUUGGCCUUCAGGGCUUUGUUUCUAGGUGGCCAGGGCCAGCCUGGGGGUGGCGGCACAGCCGCAGGUCAGCAGACGUCCCGGAGCCCGUGUGCGAAGAGGAUGCACAGCACCUAAUUCUCACCCACAGGGAACUCAGACCAGAGACAAGGAAAGUGUGCGGACGAGCCGGCCCAGGGCGGGGGCCGGGUGCCGGGGAGAAUGGGCGUGACGGAAAGCUCCCUCCAAGGAAGGUUGCUUAACACUGGGCAGGGGGCCCAGGUCCCCAUGAAGGAUGGCGCUGGAGGACGGCAGGGGUCGGGGGACACGGUCCAGGGGAGGGACAGCGUGCAAGACAGCGAGGACCAGCGAAAAAGCAGGAACAGAAAGCGGGGCACCUGCCGGAGCUGGGCCCUCACCCCCUCUGUCCGGCAGGUAUCCCCGGCCCCGAGGUCUGUGAGCUGAAAGGAUCCCGAGUAGCUGUUCUGGCCACCAAAUUCUGUAGGAGGUCCUCCGGGAUGGCGGCUUGCAGAGGCAUCCUGCUGGGUCUCCUGUCAAAAACUUUAUUUAAAGCUCAGAGCUCACAGCUCACGAGGCUCACGCUAUCUCGCCGAGGUCACCAAAAUGCAGCUUCCCGUAAUUGUUUACUGACAACUGCUCCAUGCAUGAGCCCGGGGCUGGAUCCUGUGCCCCUUUCUCCUCACCGGACAAAGACCUUUCCCAGCCAGAGGACUCCCACCGCUGGCAACGCCCCUCAGAGGAGCCAGGAGGAGCGUCCUGGAGGGUGUGGUGUGGUUCAGAUCUCACCUCCGGGGCUGGGUCGCCGCCCCCCACACACACACCGGCCCUCAGCUCCUGCUGCUUCCAACCCCACCUGCUGCCACCAGGAGGACGCAAGGGGUCCCUGCUCCUGGCACAGUGACAGUAGAGGCAACGCCAAGGCCUCCCGCCGCAUGCCACGGAGCGGGCAGAGGCCCUGCGGGGAACCUGUGGGGGGCAGGGGGCCUUUGACGCCCUGCACCGGCCUGCAGAGGGCUGAUGUGAAGAGUCGGGGCGGGCGGCCUCCUGGGCCCGGGAUGCGUGAGAACGCCGGUCAGAACUGGGGUGGCAGCGCCCACACCCCGCAGGUGGCCCGUCAGCAUCCUCGCAGGCUGACGACAGACCCGCUGCUUCCUCCUCAGAGCCUGAAGGUCAUGGGAAGGACCUCAGAAGCGACACGGAAGAUGCCCGCUGCCAGGCAAGCCCGGAGGAGCAGCGCCAGGACGCCGCUGGGCAGGUGCGGGGGCGUUGGAAGGAGGCGGAGCCCGAGGCCAGCGGCCAGGAGGAGCCGGACGGCAGGGAGGGCGCAGAGAAGCGCGCCCUGGAGGCCAAGGUCAGGCCGUGGUCCUUUCAUGUGCACGCGCUGCCGGCCCUGCGCCUUGGAGUCCUGCCUCUGUUUAUCCGUUCGGUGUCUUCUUACAGGAAGGGGAGCCAGAGUCCGUACAGCUGGGUGACCUCCUGGAAAAAGAGAAGCCAUCUGUGUUUGUGGAGGUUGAUCUGGGAGACGGAUCAGAGGAGGUAAAAAAACCCCAAAGUUCGCAAAGCCAAACCAGCCACCGGGAAACGCCUUGCUUGGAGCCAUGCGGCGUUCCCAGGAGCUUGCCCCGUCACCAUCACCACAAGCACGGGUGUGCUGGAGGCUGAGGCAGAGAUGGGGCCCUGGCCAGGGGACCAGAGAGCACCUCACCUCUUUCUCAUUUUCCCUCACGCCAGCCCACCACAUUCCUGCACCUCCAUAGAUUCCAGGGCCUGGGUCAACCCUCGAGGUACCCAGGGGCCCUGAGAACCUCUUGUGAGAUUGUGCUGGGGUGGUGAAAGGGCACAAGCUGAGGAGCUGGGAGACCCAGCCUCCACAGCUCUCCAGUGAAUGCUCAAACAAGCCACCAUACCUCUCCAUGCCUCACUUUUCUCAUCUGCAAAAUGGGGGUCUUAGUAGCACCCACAGUCCAGCGUUGUUUUGUGACACCCUCAGAACACUGCCUGGUACCCAGGAAGUCCCAGCAUUAGAUAUCAUCUUCACCACCUACACCACCACCACCAUCAUCACUAUCUUCAUCACCAUCAGCGUCAUCAAAACUACCACCCCAAUCAUCAUCUUCAUCGCCAUCAGCAUCCCUAUCCCCAUAAUCUUCAUCACUAUCCCCAUCGCCUACACCACCACGGUCAUCAUCACCAUCAUCACCGCCAUCAUCACAUCUUCACCAUCAUCACAUCACCACCAUCAUCACCAUUACCACCAUCAUCAUCACCAUCAUCAUCACCAUCAUCAUCACCAUCAUCAUCACAUCAUCACAUCACCACCAUCAUCAUCACCACCAUCACCAUCAUCAUCACCAUCACCACCAUCAUCAUCAUCACGUCUUCACCAUCACCACCACCGUCACCACCUACACCACCAUCAUCAUCACCAUCAUCACCAUCACCACCAUCACCAUCACCAUCACCAUCGUCACCACCAUCAUCACAUCUUCACCAUCGUCACCAUUGUCACAUCAUCAUCACCAUUAUCACCAUUUUCUGUAAAAGGAAGUGGUUAACCCCAUGGCCUGAUUGGGCCUUUCCAACACAGAUAUUCUCCAUUUCUCUGCUCUAGUGAGCAGCCAUCUCUUUGGAAGUUUUUUGAAAUUCUCUCCUGGCAAAUGUAAGCCCCUACCCGGGGGUUGCUUUUUUCCUGAUCGCACCUUCUAUAUCUGCCCUCAGAACAUGCUGUACGAUGAAGAGAGCUGGUUAUUGACCGCCUCCACACACAAGGCUACCUCGGGGCACCACAGGCUUCAAGGACUCAUGAAGAAUCAGUCAGGGGCAGAGCUGGGACUUAGGGUCCAGGUCUUCUGACCUACAGUCCAGGGGUCAUGGUAGCUCACAUCCAGGCACAGUUCCUUGGUCAGGGUCCCCUAGUUAGAAAUUCCCACUUGACGGUGCCCCGUCUCGUGGGAGGAUGCUCAGUGCAGUCUCCACGCCCCACCUCGUCCUUGGGCAGGUUCAGCAGGUCCGGCCCUGGUCCCUGUCAUGACCCCCUCGCCUGUCCCCUCAACUACUCCCACCACAUCCCACAGGUGAUCACAUGUGCCAUGAAAGAAGAGAAGCAGUCCCAGAUGGACAUGGGGGAUUUGUCAGAGGACGAGUGAGUGAGGGGUUCACACUGGGGAAGGUGGGAGGCUUUUCCUCCAUCAGGGUUUCUGGUGGGCAGAGCGAGCCCCGGGCUUUCGAUUCCUCCUGGGCACACGCAGAGACCCAGGCGUUUACUGCAGCUGGGGGGGUGAGGCAGGAUCCCCGUGAGUCCCACCUCACCCCUAGCUAGACCCCUCUCCCCACCCCAUCAGCCAACAAAAGGGCCAGAGUAGGAGGGAGGGAAAGGUGGGAAGAAGAAGAGGGGGUGAGAGUGGGAGCGUCUCCUCUCUGUGCAGCUCCGAGGUUGCAGCCCUUGGUCCCGCAGGCAGUGGGGGGACCCGUCACACGUGGCUGCUGGCUCAGCAGGGCAGAGGGACCUGGGGGCGGGGGCGGGAGACAUUUGUCCUGACCGCCUCCACCCUGUGGGUAGAGAUUGUGAGGCUGCGAGCGCCUGGGAGCAGGUGAGACACUCGCCCAGGGCAGUGGCUCUGUGGUAUUUUAAACAAUACAGAGAAACACAAAGGAGAAAACAGCAAUUUGUCCCCUUUCCAGCAGAGUCGGAAUUAACAACCACGUCAGUGUCUUGGCUAAUUUUCUUGCACGGUUUUUAAAAGAAAAAUUUCUCUAUUUACUCUGUAAAACCGAUACGCGGUCAUUUAAAAUAAAUGAAAAUGUGAGAUAGCCCAACACAGAGGAAAACUUUUAAAUCUGCGAGUGCCACCUCGGAAACAGUGGGGACUUCAUGGGAGCACGUGGCCCCAAAGGAAGAUCCGGACCGCGGGAGAACAGGGCCUUCGGGCCAUUGUGGGUUGCCAGCUGUGAACGUUUAUAGCAUCACAGCCCUUUGCUUACUUGGCAGUCGCUGUUACUGCCUUUCCCCAGGUUGUAUGUUUUGGGGGAGAGCGCUCCUGUUAGGAAGUGUCACCCCACGUCUCUCCUGAUCUCUGCUCACACAGCCGGCCGUGUGGCUUUCACCAAGAUGUCAGGACUGGCUGGCACGCCCCCAAAUCUAUGCUUGGGGAAUUCCCUGGUGGUCCAGCGGUUAGGUAUCCGCGCUUUCACUGCCAAGGGCUCAGGUUCAAUAUCUGGUUGGGGAACUAAGAUCCUGCGAGGUGCGUGGCAUGGCCCAAAAUAAAAUUUUUUUUUAAAUUUAAAAAUUAAGAAAAAAAUUAAACCAAAUCUAUGCUUGACAUGGGAAGGUCUUUCCUAAGCAGACGUCUGUUUUUCUCAUCAAUUCUUGAUAGAUGUGGUGAUGGAUUCGGACACACCGGCCACAGCCUGGCAGCUCCUUUUCUGCCCCAGGCCAGGUGGGCCCAGGCCCACCCUCUCGGCCUCUUGGUCCGGCUCCCCACCCCCCGUGCUCAGUUGCCCCAGAGAACCUGCAGACGGGCUGUGCCCAGGAGCCAAGCCUCAGCUGCUGGAGGCUGCUUGGCCAGCAGGACAGGGUCUGCUCCACAGGGGCCUGGCCUGGACAUUUGCCGGGCAGGGCCACCUGUCUGCCCUGCUCACCUGCAGCCUCAGUUUCCCUCAGAGCUAAGCCGCCUCUAUCCAGCCAGCCCCCUAGGGCACCCAGGCACUAGCAGCCCGUUAGCCGCCCGCUGGGGGGCUUUGGCACUGAGCCGUGGAGGUCCCUGCGAAGGGAAGGGGGCCACCUCGUCCCAGAGCCUCGGUUGCAAGCAGAACCCCCAGAGCCCACGCACAGGGACAGGCACGGGCUGCGAUGCUCGGGAAACGCUGGGCUGGGCACCAUCCACCUGCAACGCCUCUUCGGAGCCGGGCAGGGGAGGGAGGGCAGCUUGGCUCUGCUGACCUUCAAGGUCUGCUGUGCUCAGGGGGUCCCUCCUGGGCUGGAGACACAGGGGUGGCGGUGGGAGGGCAAAGCCCGGCUCUGCACCGGCCGGGAGCCCCGCUGGCCUUGGCAGGAUGGGGCGGGGGCAGUUCUCUCACCCGCCCACCC